GACCACAAGGAGCCCAUGACACGGCACCGCAAGCAGGACAGGCAGCCCCAUGAGGUAUUCGUGGAGCUGAAUGAGCUGGUGGUGGACAAGAACCAGGAGCUGCAGUGGAAGGAGACGGCACGUUGGAUUAAGUUCGAGGAGGAUGUGGAGGAGGAGACGGACCGCUGGGGCAAGCCGCAUGUGGCUUCCCUGUCCUUCCGCAGCCUCCUGGAAUUGCGCAAGACCCUCUCACACGGAGCUGUGCUCCUUGACCUGGACCAGAAGACGCUGCCAGGGGUGGCUCACCAAGUGGUGGAGCAGAUGGUCAUCACUGACCAGAUCCGGGCCGAGGACCGUGCCAAUGUGCUGCGGGCACUGCUGCUCAAGCACAGCCACCCAAGCGACGAGAAGGACUUCUCCUUCCCCCGAAACAUCUCUGCGGGCAGCCUGGGCUCCCUGCUUGUGCACCACCACAGCACCAACCACGUGGCUGAGGGUAGUGAGCCGGCUGUCACCGAUCCCCUCAUUGCUGGCCAUGCCAUGGAGCACGACACGCGGGUUGAUGUGGAACGGGAGAGGGAGGUCCUCACCCCCACCCCCCCAGCUGGCAUCACUCGCUCCAAGUCCAAACACGAGCUGAAGCUGCUGGAGAAGAUCCCGGACAAUGCUGAGGCCACGGUGGUGCUUGUAGGCUGUGUGGAGUUCCUGGACCAGCCCACCAUGGCCUUCGUUCGGCUGCAGGAGGCAGUGGAGCUGGACUCGGUACUGGAGGUGCCUGUCCCCGUGCGGUUCCUCUUUGUGCUGCUGGGACCCAGCAGCACCCACAUGGACUACCAUGAGAUUGGGCGCUCCAUCUCCACCCUCAUGUCUGACAAGCAAUUCCAUGAGGCCGCGUACCUGGCCGAUGACCGCCACGACCUCCUCAAUGCCAUCAAUGAGUUCCUGGACUGCAGUGUGGUGCUGCCGCCCUCCGAGGUGCAGGGCGAGGAGCUGCUGCGCAGCGUCGCCCACUUCCAGCGUGAGAUGCUGAAGAAGAGGGAGGAGCAGGAGCGAAGGCUGCUGCUGGAGCCCAAGUCCCCCGAGGAGAAAGCGCUGCUGAAGCUGAAGGUGGUGGAGGGCGACGGCGAGGGGGAGGAUGAUGACCCCCUGCGGCGCACGGGCCGACCCUUUGGGGGACUUAUCCGGGAUGUGCAGAGGCGGUACCCCAAGUACCUGAGUGACUUCAGGGAUGCGCUGGACCCCCAGUGCAUUGCAGCUGUCAUCUUCAUCUACUUUGCUGCACUGUCACCAGCCAUCACCUUCGGAGGGCUGCUGGGGGAGAAGACGCAAGACCUGAUUGGGGUGUCUGAACUGAUCAUCUCCACGUCGCUGCAGGGUGUGCUCUUCUGCCUCCUGGGCGCCCAGCCCCUGCUCAUCAUUGGCUUCUCAGGGCCCCUGCUUGUCUUUGAGGAGGCUUUCUUCACGUUCUGCACCUCCAAUGAGCUGGAGUACCUGGUGGGGCGCGUCUGGAUCGGCUUCUGGCUCAUCCUUAUCGUGCUGGUCAUGGUGGCCUUUGAGGGCAGCUUCCUGGUGCGCUUUGUCUCCCGCUUCACCCAGGAGAUCUUCUCCUUCCUCAUCUCCCUUAUCUUCAUCUAUGAGACCUUCUCCAAGCUGGCCAAGGCGGGAUGGUGGCAUGGGCGCUGCUCGGGCCCUGGGGUGAGCCCAGCUUUGGGGGCAGCGCUGAGCCGGGUUGGGCUGCGCAGUGCAGCCAGGGCUGGGCUGAUGCUGCUCUUUCCCCAGAUCCGGCGACUCAUUGGAGACUUCGGGGUGCCCAUUGCGAUCCUGGUGAUGGUGCUGGUGGACUACAGCAUCCAGGACACUUACACACAGAAGCUGAGCGUGCCCAGCGGGUUCUCAGUGACAGCCCCGGACAAGCGGGGCUGGGUGAUCAACCCCCUGGGUGAGAAGAGUGACUUCCCUGUCUGGAUGAUGGUGGCCAGCGGCCUCCCCGCCAUCCUCGUCUUCAUCCUUAUCUUCAUGGAGACCCAGAUCACCACGUUGAUCAUCAGCAAGAAGGAGCGGAUGCUGCAGAAGGGCUCUGGGUUCCACCUUGACCUCCUGCUCAUUGUGGCCAUGGGUGCGUUGCGCUCUGCCACCCACGCCAACGCCCUCACUGUCAUGAGCAAGGCUGUGGCACCUGGGGACAAGCCCAAGAUCCAGGAGGUGAAGGAGCAGCGGGUCACUGGGCUGCUGGUAGCUGUGCUUGUGGGCCUGUCCAUUGUCAUUGGGGACCUGCUGCGGCAGAUCCCACUGGCCGUGCUCUUCGGGAUCUUCCUCUACAUGGGUAUCACCUCCCUCAAUGGCAUCCAGUUCUAUGAUGACCGGGAGAUGAAGUGUCUGGAUGCAGAUGAGGCCGAGCCCAUCCUGGACGAGCGGGAAGGUGUGGAUGAGUACAACGAAAUGCCGAUGCCGGUGUGA